UUGUCACUUGGAGUAACGCAGAGAGAGAGGGGUGCCGAGACUGCCGACCCAUCUAGCCUACGCAUUCUUCUGCCUGAACUUUUAAAAUAUUUUUUAUCUUCGCGAUAUACUCUUAUUUUAGCACCAGACUACUCCAGAAAGUUGCAUAUUUUCAUCUUGGGUUCGACAGUGAACCAAACCGAAGUUAUUUGGAGAAUAUCGAAUCUUCACAGACAAACAUGUAGCCCUAUCAAGCUUAGCGUACAAAGCUAACUCGAAAACAGUGUGAACUGUCAUUUUCAACCCGUUGUGAACAAACUUCGUUGUUUUGAACACUUGCAUUGCUGUUUUCAGUGGUCUUCCAAACGAGCACUUUCAGGGAUUUUCAAACCGUUUUUGUAAAGUUUUAUUAUUUCCCGUUUGUUGAUCCUUCCUGCAUACUUUUUUUUUAAACUUGGAAGUAACGCUGUAGUGCCAAACCAUGUCAGCAUCCCCUGCGAACUCCAGUCAUCACCAGCAGCCUCAACGGGGUAAGCGGAGCAACGACGGGUCCCCCACCACCUUAUCGACCCCCGGCGGCAGCUACAAUAACAACAGCAGCAGCAGCAACAGCAUCUCCAGCCGGCUGCAGCCCAUCCGUGCCACGGUCCCCUACCAGUUACUGCGUGGAAAUCAGCACAGCCCAACCCGCUCUCCCUCCUCCUUCUCAGUCGGGAACCACCUCACAGCAGGACUGACGUCUCCCGGCUGUUCCAGUCCAACCAGCCCGACUCUGCUGCACGCCAACCCGGCUGGUAACGGCUCGGUGGACGGCCGUCUGUUCGCCCGACAGAGACCUUCCCCGCCGGACAACAACCGGGGAUCGCCAGAGCGGUGUCCGAACUCGCCGGUCUUCAGAGCGGAGCGGUCGAAGCCCCAUCAGCCGGUGCGGAGUGCAGGGCCCAUCCGGAGGACGUCAUCGCUGGGUGCCAUCACCGGCCCCUACCUCACUGGCCACUGGCCCCGAGACCCCCUCAUCUGGUACCCCUUGUGUGUGAAAGACAAGUCCACGCAGACUCCUGGAUGUUGGACUGAAGAAGAAACAGAGAAGAGGAGCACACACCAGCGCUCCGCGUCGUGGGGAAGUUCUGACCAGCUCAAAGAGAUUGCUAAGCUUCGUCAGCAGCUUCAGCGCAGUAAGCAGACGGGUCGUAAGGAGGGAAAGGACCGCCUCUCUCCCCUGUCACUCAACUCUGGCCCCUCCCCCAUCACCAUCAUCCAGCCCACCACCGCCAACAUGGCCAGCCAGGCAACGUCUCCCAUGUCCACGAUCACGGUGCCCAAAGCGUCCAUCUCCAGGGUACCCAGCAGCAUGGAGGGAAUCAACCACGAGCUGGAGAAGGUCUUCAUCAGAGAGGGAGCAGAGAAGGACGAGCUGAAGGCUCUGGAGGUUCCAGACGGCCGGCGCGCCCCCUUCCCUCCCCAGCAGAGGAGCAGCAGCAGCAGGAUGAUGAUGAUGGACCCCCAGACCCCCUCGGCCCCCGGCCGCUCCAGCAGCUGCUCCUCCCUCUCCCCCUGCCCCUCCCCCGCACCCCCCCCAGGGGCCAGCUCGCACGGGGGCAGCCCCUACUCCACAGACGAGCUGGUGGAUGACCGAGACAAAGCAGACAGUGGCAGCAGCUCUCCUCUGCCCAAGUUCGCCUCGUCGCCCAAACCCAACAACAGCUACAUGUUCAAGAGGGAGCCGCCCGAGGGCUGUGAGAAGAUCAAGGUGUUCGAGGAGAGCUCCAGGGCCUCCAGCUCCAGUGGGGUGCCUCUCUUCUCCUGCCCCGACAAGAACAAGGUCAACUUCAUCUCCACCGGCUCCGCCUUCUGCCCCGUGCGGCUCCAAUCGGAGCGCCGCGAGGGGGAGGAGCCGGAGGCCGGCCCCAGCUCCGCCUUCGGCCCGCCCCUCCGUCACGCCCCCACUCAGGUCUCUACGAGCACCAGCACAGAAGACGCGGAGGGGGAGGAGUCCCCGCCGGAGGAGGAGGAGUCUCUCUCAGCCACCUCCCCCUCCUCCCCCCUCCAGCACGGCCUGGUCAUCAGCUAGACCCCCCCCACGCACAGAGCUGGCCUCUGGUGUCGCCCACGUCACGACGCGCCACACACACACACACACACACACACACACUCACAGCUACUCCGCCCCACCGUCACCCCGCCCCUUUCAGGGCUGACUCCUCCCCCUGUCCGUCCGACCGACUGGCCGUCCGUCCGUCUGUCUGCAUGGCAUAGCAACAACGUCCUGAAGAAAUCAUUGUCAUCAACGAGACACACACACACACACACACACACACACCCAGACUCUUACCACACAUUUGUGUUGCUAGCAUAAUUUAUAAGCACUGUUAUUGGUAGGGACGAACGAACUGCGUGUGUGUGUGUGUGUGUGUGUGUGUGUGUGUGUGUGUGUGUGUGUGUUUACGUAUGCAGUAAUAUGAUGCUUUGCGCAAGAUGAAGAUGGCUGCUGGUGUGUGUUGGGGAUGUUGGAGAGGAGGAGCGCCCCCUACUGGUCCUCCUGGUCACGGCCGUCUCCACUCCAGUCCAGUAGGAGCCCUGGGUUGGGUUUCAGCUCGCUUGUUGGCCCUCGUCAUCAUCCUCUUCAUCCUCUUCAUCAUCAUUGAUCCCGCAGAUGUAGUGCCUAUGAUCGCCCCCCCC